AUGUCUGGCAUCAAGUUAUGGCCCAGUGGUACCCCAGCCUCUCGGGUUCCCCUCAAGGAAUUGGACAACCUGAAGUUCAUUGGUGCAGGCAACUUCAGGGCAGUGUUCCGUGUGCGACACAGGACGUGGGAUUUAGAUGUGGUAGUCAAGAUCAUGAACAGAGAGAUGAUAUCCAGGGAGGUGAAGGCCAUGGUAAGUCUGCUUGGCCAGCAUGUACUGCACCCUGGGGUCACCGAGAAGCUAGAGUGGGAAUACAUGCACAGGCUGGCCUUGGUGACUCAGCCCCUUGAAGAGAGUACCCAGACCUCCAACCCAAGGGCCCUACUGGUCUUACUGUUCCCCUAACACUCAAAAUCCCCUUUACAAGGCUGGACCUGCACCUUUUGGUGGGAGAGGGAAUUCUGGAAGCUGCUUGACCCUGUCCAUCCCCUACCUUCUCCUUCUUCCAUCCCUUUCCAGCUGGCAGAUUUUGACCUAUCCACAUUUCAAGGAGGCUCAAGGUCAGGGGCAAGAUCUGAGAUGUUAGCCCUAGCCUACUUGGCCUCAGAGCUGUUGGCUGGUGUAAACCAGAAAGCAUCCAUGGCUAGUGAUGUCUACAGCUUCGGGAUCCUAAUGUGGGCAGUGCCAGCUGGAAGAGAAGCUGAGAUGGCCCAGAAAUCAGUGGUGCAGGAAGCGUGUGAGAGGCAGAUCCGGCCUCCCUUGACCAAGCUGCCCCAGCCAGGCCCUGAGACUCCUGCCUUAGAAGGACUGAAGGGGUUAAUGAAGCACUGCUGGAGUCUUGAGCCCAAGGACAGGCCCUCCUCCCAAGAAUGCUGACCAAAUACUGAGGAAGUCUUCAAUCUGGUAAACAAGGAGAUGGAUGCCGCAGUCUCCACAGUGAAGACGUUCCUGUCUGAGCACAGGGGCAGCAACAGGAUGUUGUCUGCCCCCAAGCCAGGCCCAGGAGGGACAGAAAUGGAUGAGCCUAGGGGAACCACAGGAAACCUUGAUUCCAUGGCCUCUGAAAUGCUGAACAAACUAAAUCUGAAGGAGUCCCGCUGUGUUCCUAAGGAAUGUACAAAUCUUCCUGAGAGGAUCAGGACACCGGGAGACAAGGUUCAGCUUGCCCGGAUCGCAGGGAUACCUUCAGAUUCAACAGCCCCAUCUCCCCAAACUCCAGAGACCUCACCUUUCAGAAAUCAUAUGCCCAGCCCCAACUUGGCUCUGACCCCAGGUCCUGGACCCAAAGGGAAUCAGGGGGCUACGAGACAUGGCACCGACUGGCCAACCAGGGCACCAGGGCUAAAUCCAAUACCAGGGUUGCCAUCAGUUCUCAUAAGUGACAGCCGUGGGGUGCAGGUCAGAGACAACAACUACUUGAUUAUACAAGGAGGAACUGCCUUGCAGGGCCUGGCACCUUGGGGCAUGGGUACAGGCUGGCAGCAUGCCCUCCACAAGUAG